UGAAGUGGGGGGGGGGAAUGAAGCCAGUGUAGACCGGGGAGCUGUGUGCAGGUGGAGAGUAGAAGGUGGGCUCAGGGUACCAGGCGGUGGGAGGCAGUAGGAGGAGAUGGGUCCUGUGACCUAACUGGACCGUGAUGAUAACUGGCUCACGCUGGAUGACAUUGGUUUGAGAGAAGAGUGACAAGGUUGGUGUCUGCUUUAAAAGGGUCAUUCUGGUCCAUGAUGUGAGAACAGGGAUGGCAAGAGAGUGAAGAGGGGCAAUAGUAGUAGCGGAGAACAGGAGGAGAAGGUUUCCCCAGAACCCAGGCGGGAGAUGCAGGUGACUGCUCCCAGAAUGGUGGCCGUGGAAAUGGGUGAGCUAAUUUAGAGGCCACACUCAGCAUCUUCUGAUGAUCGAAUGAGACUGGGAGUGAUAACGAAAGUGGUCCUGUGUUAAAACAUGAUUUCUCGAAAGCACAUUUUUCCAGAGCUAGAGAUCUUUGGGAGAGGCUCAUUAAUACGACUGAGUCCUGGACUCUAAGGAGCUGUGAAGCCGGACCUCUGAGCUUAGAGGGCUGGGGAGGGAGAACUGCAAUGUUUCUAAGUUCCCUAGAUCCUUGGAUGAGAAAAAGAGGUCCUCCUUCCCCCAGCGGCAGUUCCUGACUCAGGAACCCAAGAGAAGCGUCUAGGAUGUUGUCUGGAAGCUCCAAAGGAUAUCUUUCUCUGCACCUGACUUUCUGGAGACACUUUCCGUUUACUCUCUAACCCACAUAGCGUUUCCAGUAUCACUCCUCCAGAAGCUAGGAGAAGACUCAAGUGUGGCAUAUAUUCAUCUGACACCAUGGCGGCCGUCUGACCCCGGAGUCCUGUCCUGCAGAUGCUACGUGAUCUCUUCUGACUUCUGUUGGACUCCCAGCUCACUCUUGGGAAUUGGUUGGGUCAUUGUGCAGUCGGCCCACCCAUCCAGGAAUCUUUAAGCAAGACGAGCCUCAGUGGUUUGGACAGGAAGAAGCGAGGGAGGGAGCAGCUGCUACGGCUUCACACAUCCUGUGAUUACACAGAAGGGGGUGAGCUGUUCCGUCUGCUGGGAGCUUUUGACAGAACCCCUCCGUCUAGGCUGUGGCCACGGCUUCUGCCCCGCCUGCAUCUCUGACAGCAGGGAGGCGCGUGGCUGUCCCGUGUGUGGUGUCAGCUACUCCCUGGGGAACCUGUGACCGAAGCAGCGUCUGCCCAGCAUCGUGGAGCAUCCCCGAGAGGUCGGGAUGAGCCCAGAGGACGGGUGGAAGGAAGAUCUCUGUCGGAAGCAUGGGAAGAAACUCCUCCUCUUGUGCAGAGAAGACCGGGAAGUCUUUUGUCUGUGUUGUGAGAAGACUCAGGAGCACCGAGAUCACCACCUGUGCCUCAUACGGGAUGCGGCCAAGGAGUGUCAGGAGAUGCUGCAGGCGGCGCUGAGGAGGCUGCAGAAGGAGCAGCAGAAAGCGGAGGAGCUGGAAGCUGACAUCAGAGAGCAGAGAACUUCCUGCAAGUAUCAGAUGCAGACGGAGAGACAAAGGAUUCGAAGCGAAUUUAAUCAGCUGAGAUGCAUCCUGGACUGUGAGGAGCGGAGAGAACUGCAGAAAUUGGAGGAAGAGGAAAGGAAGACCCUGGAUAACUUGGCUGCAGCCGAGGCUGAGCUGGUCCAGCAGACCUGGCUGCUGAAAGAUCUCAUCUCGGACCUAGAAUGUCGCAGGGAAUGGCCCACACAGGAGCUGCUGCAGGACACGAGUGGAACCAUGAAAUGGGGUGAGAUCUGGACACUGAGGAAGCCAAAACUUGUUUCCAAGAAACUGAGGCGUGUCUUUCGUGCUCCGGAUCUGGGUGCCAUGCUGCAGGCGCAGAGAGAGCUAACCCACGUCCAGUGCUACUGGGAGGACAUCACAUUGGAUCCAUUCAACCUAAACUUGAAUCUUGUCCUUUCCGAAGAUCAGAGACAAGUGAUAUCUGUGCCGAUAUGGCCUGUUAAGUGCUAUAAUUACGGUGUCUUGGGCUCCCAGUAUUUCUCCUCGGGGAAGCACUACUGGGAAGUAGAUGUGUCCAAGAAGACGGCUUGGGUGCUGGGGGUGUACUGCAGAGCUCGCUCCUGUACCGCGGAGCUGGCUCUCGGACGAGGCGCAGAGCAUCAGAAUGCUCACGCCAUAUACAGACCUCAGUGUGGCUACUGGGUUAUAGGGUUAAAGAAUGCGUUUAAGUACAAAGCCUUCGAGGACGCUUCCACCUGUGAUCUCAACGUCUUGACUCUUUCCGGGGCUGUUCCUCCUCUUCGGGUUGGGGUUUUCCUAGACUGUGAAGCAGGUACUGUCUCAUUUUUCAAUGUCACAAACUAUGGGUCACUUAUCUACAGGUUCUCUAAAUGUAGCUUUUCUCAGAAUGUCUAUCCGUAUUUCAAUCCUUGGAACUGUCCAGCUCCGAUGACUCUGUGCCCACCAAGUUCCUGAAACUUCCUAAUCCUUCACCGCUUUCUUUCUUUUUCUUUUUCUUUCUUUCUUUCUUUCUUUCUUUCUUUCUUUCUUUCUUUCUUUCUUUCUUUCUUUCUUUCUUUCUUUCUUUCUUUCCUUC